AUGAGUUCUUACGUCGCCAAUUCGUUUUAUAAGCAAAGUCCCCCCGUUCCUGCCUAUGCCAUGCAAAGUUAUGGAAAUUAUGGAAGUGUGCCUGAGGUUCAGUCACCCAGUGGCUUGGAUCUAAGCAUCACCCUCCCCUCCUCCGGGGCUACCAACUCCCUCAGCGGCUUGGACAUGUCUGCAACCCCCCGAGCUAACCCCGAGCGACCUUCCUGCACGGUCAUGGGUUCUUCAGGGCAUCCUUUAGCCAGAGAGGAGCAAGCAUCCCUAAUGGAGGAGAGAUCUAAGAGCUCGGGUGAAAUCAAAGCUGAGCCCGUGCAAACAGCACAACAAGGAGGACCACAACUGCAGCAGCAACAACCUCCACAAAUUUACCCCUGGAUGACCAAACUACACAUGAGCCAUG